AUGAACGAUGAAGAAGCUAAUGCCGAACUUGAGAGACUAGAGCAAAACAUUACAUUGCUACUUCAAGAUACAGAUCAAAACUUUUCAAGAUGUAAUCAGAUUGCAUCCUCAAUUUUACCGAUGAUUGAUAAAUUCUCAGAAGCUACACAUAAUAUAUUAAAGACCCACCAGACAUGGGGCUAUUUCUUUGAUUUGCUUCAAAGCUCAUCCUCAUCAUCUGGCCAUGGUACAAAUAGACUUCCUCUAACACGUCCAUUUGGGGCUUUUGCCACUGGUAUAGACGCUAUCUCAGAAACAACCUCAAUUACAGAGAGUUUUCGCAGUAUUUCAGAGCGCAUAAUCGAACCUGUAAAACAAGGCCACCAACAUUUACUGGAACCGCACCUCAUACCUUCAAGGCGGCAAAUAGCACAGUCUUUACCGGACUUUACCCAACCUGUCCCACCCACAGCAGAGACUGCACGUACGCCACAACGAGACUUGGCACGUAUGAAAACAGACAGUAUAUUAAAAUCAAGUGGUCUUUAUGAUCUUUCGCCAUCGUCUGAGACCUCUGGAGACGAGGAAUCUGCUACAAAUAACAGCAAAACAUCUUUCCGUAGACCAUCCGUGUCAUAUUCUGCUUCUGAUGAUCCAGCAAAUUUGGGUGUAGGCACUGAUGCAGAUCGUGAACGAGCUCUAAGGUUUUUUAAAGAACGGGAACAGCGUUUCGGAAACAUGCCAAUGGAUGAAGAGCUUCCCUCAUUAGGAAGAAAAGAUAUAUCACCGUUGCGAGCACAAGAUAGAAAUGCCAAACCUUUAGCCGAUACGCCAACUACUCGACGGGUUUUUGAAACUUUAGCUCAGGACUUGAAGACGGGAAGAAAACCACGAAUAGACAUAUUUGAUGAAUCGUAUGAACCUCAUAAUAUAAACAAGAGGUCUCUUCCUAGUGGAUCUACAAAUCGUCCAACAUUUGAAGAUUAUACCCAUAAUCUGCGAAAAGAUAAAAAACCACGGUUAAGCGAACUUGGCCGUUCCCAUGAGUUUGAGUAUAAUAAUCUACCCGGGAAUUUCAGACCCAUUGGUACACCAGAAGAUCCGGAUCCACUUAAUUUCCCGGAUAUGGCUAUCUCUAGACCUCUUAAUGGUGGUGGUAGUAGCGGUGUAAAUAGUGGCAGUGGUGUCGAUGGGAGUAGCAAUCAUGGAUAUAGACAGGGGCCCGAAAGUGUUUUUAGCGAGACAUCGGGAUUGACCAGGGCAACAUUCGGGUCUAGCUCUACAGGUCGAGGACCAGCACCAUUUUCUGUCCAUCGCUUUGGAGAAACAUUUCGUGAACCUCCAGGAUCUACACAACUUACACGAGUGUACAAAGUUUUUAGUGAUAAGCCUGCACAAAUGUUGACGCUAGAAGAUGUCUUGAAUGAAGUAAAAGACGACGAAAACCGUUAUACAGCUGAUUCUGUCAUGUUGUUUAUUAAUAUGCUCUGCGGAAAAAAGUAUUUAAGGACUGUUGGCCAAGGGUGGACAAUUCGCCGCUAA